GUGUGUGUGUGUGUGUAAGGAUGAGUGUUGGUAAAAAGAGGAGUGGCUUCCAGAUCACCAGUGUGACCUCAGACAUCAACCAAACUCCAGCCGGCCAAUCAGCUCCCAGCGUGGUGACCGUCCUCCAAUCAGCAGCCUCGUCCUCCUGCGGUGCUCAGGGAAGCUCCUCCCAGCCGACCACGCCCUCCUUGAAGAGGAAAUACGUCUCCCAGGAUGUCCCGGGGCAGGGGGCGGGGUCCUCCUCCAGGUUCAGGGUGGUGCGGCUGGUGGUGGGUGGGGACGGUGGCGGACGUGGUGUGCCGUAUCGCCGCGGGCGAUGGACAUGCACAGACUUCACGGAGCGACAGGAGGGGGCGGUGUUCAGGCGGGUGAUGGACACCAUGAGACACGCCCACUCGCUGGAGUCCCUGGAUAUGAUUGGACGGGACACACAAAGAGGCGCCUUCCACUCGCAGGAUACCGCCCACCUGCUGGCUCAGCCAAUCAGAGGCAGGGAGGGGGCGGGGCUCAUGCUGUGCAGCGGCCCGCCUUCUCCAACACACCAGGAGCGAAUCAACAUCCGGCUCCUGGAUCACAGGCAGGAAAUGGGAGGUCAAGGUUUAGACUCCACCCCUCCACCACCUUCACCCCGCCCACGAAUCGUCCCGCCACCACUGCGACUCGGCGUCGACGCUGCAGGACGGGUACAAAGCCUCCUAUUGGCUGGAGGGAACACCUGUUAUACUCACCUGUCUGUCUCCCUCAAGUGUCCCUCUCACCUGCCUGACUCACCUGUCUGUCUCUACCUGUCUGUCCCUCACCUGUCUGACUCACCUCUGUCUCACCUAUCUGACUCACCU